CUGAGACGCGAGCGCUGUCAGUCAGUCGAGUCGAGCUCUACUUCGGUAGUCUGUUUGUCUUACAGAGGCGCUUUCUCUUACAGUGAAUGGAAUCGCCACAAAAAUGCGUUGCUAAUGAAUGUGUUUCUGCAAUAUGAAGAAUGGAAGAAGACGAUGUGACGAUUAGAGAGCAGAAUUUCCACAGCCAAGUGCGCGAGUACAUUGUCUGCUUCCUCCUGUUUGCAGUGCUGUACAUUGUGUCGUACUGCAUCAUCUCACGCUACAAGAGAAAAAGCGAUGAUCAGGAAGAUGAGGAUGCCAUUGUCAACAGAAUAUCGAUGUACCUGUGUACAUUCACACUGGCAGUGUCUGGAGGAGCUGUCCUUCUCUUACCAUUUUCUAUAAUCAGUUAUGAGAUUGUGCUCUCCCUACCAAAAAACUUCUACAUACAAUGGCUCAAUGGAUCACUUAUUCAUGGCCUGUGGAACCUGGUGUCCCUUUUCUCAAAUCUCUGUCUCUUUGUGCUGAUGCCUUUUGCCUACUUCUUCCUGGAGUCUGAGGGCUUCGCCGGUUCGAAAAAGGGCAUAAAGGCUCGAGUGCUGGAGACAUUUGUCAUGCUCUUUCUGCUGGGUCUCCUCAUCCUGGGCAUUGUAUGGGUGGCGUCCGCUCUCAUUGACAAUGAUGCCGCCAGCAUGGAAUCCCUCUACGAUUUAUGGGAGUUUUAUCUGCCAUACCUCUAUUCCUGCAUCUCUCUGAUGGGAGGCCUGUUGCUGCUUAUGUGUACUCCAGUAGGACUGUCACGCAUGUUCACAGUGAUGGGCCAGUUACUAGUUAAACCAACAAUUUUAGAGGAUCUCGAUGAGCAGAUUUAUUGUAUACAGCUGCAGGAAGAGGCCUUGGAGCGUAGACUCAAUGGUACGAUGUCAAACUCUUAUUUCCAUGGAAACUCUCAGCACCAUCUCUACAAAGAGCUGGACAACAUUCGCAAUCAGAGGAACAAACUCGAAAGGAGAAAGAAGGCCUCAGCCUGGGAAAAGAACCUCCUUUACCCCAUAGUGAUGCUGAUCCUGCUUGCUGGAACGGCGAUUUCUGUUCUCCUGGUUGCCCUGAACAUUGUGUACUUGCUUGUUGAUGAGACGGCUUUGCCAAAGGGUUCAACGGAGAGAGAUAUUGGCAAUGCCUCCUUAUCCACAUUUGGAGUUGCCCAGGCGGUUAUUGAAAUCAUUCUCAUGUUUUAUCUGUUGGUCUCAUCUGUGGUUGGCUUCUAUAGCCUUCGCAUCUUUCAGGAGCUCACUCCCAGAAAGGACGACACUACCAUGACAACGAUCAUUGGUUGCUGUGUAUCCAUUCUAGUGCUGAGCUCGGCCUUGCCUGUCAUGUCCCGAACACUUGGAAUAACAAGGUUUGAUCUCCUGGGUGAUUUUGGACGAUUUAAUUGGCUUGGAAAUUUUUACAUCGUACUUUCGUACAAUCUUCUGUUUGCUGUGGUAACCACAUUGUGUCUGGUCCGAAAAUUCACAUCUGCUGUGCGAGAGGAACUCCUCAAAGCCCUCGGUCUGGAUAAAUUAAAUCUGUCCAACAGUCCGACAGAUGCAGAGUCAGGGAAACAUGCUGUCAACGGUCAUCAGAAAACCCUGUGAGAACAAAAUCCAGCCAUCCUCACACAAACUCAUGUAUGUGUAUUCAGUUGGCUUUUUCAUUUUAAGAGUAUAGUGAUAUAACAUCAGAGAGCAUCAAAAAAACAAAAAAAAACUAAAUGUUGAAGAGUUUGGACUCAUAGUCACCCGACAUGCAGUGUAUGUCCAUCUCUCAUUUGAAACUCAAACUCCCUGCAGAAUGCUUCCAGCUAUAACCAGUCUGAGAUUCACAAUGAUUUCAAUUGGGUUUGCAGUCUUUGUUGUUCAGCUUGUAAAUGCUUUCAUGCCAAUUCUCUUAAGUGAGAAAAUGUUCUUUUCUUGCUGACCUGCACACCUAAAAGACCUCCUGACUGCACCUUUCAAUGAGGGAUUAUUAUUAUUAUUAUUUUUAUCAUCUAUAAUUUUUCCCUAGAUUGAUCAAGGGAAAUAUGCCAAGCUGAUAAUGUCACGUGUAAUGAAAUUUAGUCUCAGUUAGGGCAAUUAUUGUUUAACAGCAUUUUCUAAAGUUAAAUGGAACUUUUUAGAUGAAACAGGUUGAGGCCCAUAAAAACAAUUCCCCUAAAAACAACACACAAAUGACAUAUAAACAUAUACAGUGAUAUUGUCGAGACCUUUAUUACAUGUGAUAUGAGUACUAAUAUAAGAAACUAUAUUCGAUUAAGAAUUGCAGAAUGGUCAAAUUUAACACUGGGAAAGAAAGCAUUGCAGUGAGUCUAGCUGAACAUUUAAACUCAAGUUAAGUUACAGAUGUUUUAAUGCCAAAUUAACUGGUUCUUAGGCAAAUGGGGCAAAAUGUGAUGGCCAAUCACGAUGAUGAAUACUCUAAAAGUUUCAUUGUCAGCAUUGAUCCAUAGCUGUCAAUUUUAUUGCUUGAAUUUUGAUGUGUAAAGUAAGUUUUGUGAUCUGAAAACUUUGUCUUUUUGCCUGCCAUUGCAUAUGUUUACAUUCACUUUGUUAAGAUGAAGAUCAAUUAUUAUUUAUAAGGUUAUCUAUUAUAAAUGAGGAAGCAUUAUGAUUUUAAUUUCCUCAUGCUUUACUGUGACAGUUCAGGUUUGUUGGAUGUGACAGAAUUAAGUAAUGGGAAUUAACAAGGAAACUCCCCAGACAUGUGCCUUACUCACAAUAUUGGCAUAUUCUGGGUAGUAUUGGAUUGGUACUAAGAGUGGAGGAGCCUACCUGCCAAAUUUCUUCUUGCACUGCAACUGCUCUUGUUGUUUCCAUCAGUAGGCAAGGUUCAGAUGUGGACAUUUUGGGUUCGAGUCACUACCAACAACCAGCUUAACAUGUUAUUGUGUUUACUUGAAUUGGUUGCGUUUAGGAAUGUUGCGACCAGCCGGUCAAUCUUGCCAAUAUCACCUCAAUCAUUUAACACAUUUAAUGGAUUGAAUCGUCAUCUUGAAUAAGGAAGGUGAUCACAUUUAAAUGACAGCAAAGAAAUGCAGCUCUUUUGUCUUAGUAGUAAAAUGCACCAAAUAUUUGGGAGAAGGUGAGGCACAAUCUUGGGAUAUGCUUCCUGUUCCUCUACUUAAAUCUGCUGCUACUUCCUCCACAACAUUUGAUACUAUACUAUGCUACAUGUACUACGCAAACUGAGAGCAUAUAGCCAAUAACAUACGUCCUUUGAACUUGGUUAUUGCUGCAGAGCUUGUGGGGAUCUAUAUAUUUGCCUUAUUUCAGCCUUCCUCUGCAGCUGCUUUGCUUUUUGCAAAUGGCAGAUUAUCCGUGAACAUAGAUAUUUGUAUGCUUUUUCACUCGCUCUCAUGCUGGAUUUUAAGCCAGCUCAGCCUGUUCAGUAUAAUGAAAUACCGGUCUACACAGAUCAUAGGCUAAACUCGUACAUUAUGUAGGAUCUUGUAUAUAAAGGCUGUGAAAACAGGACUGCAGAGCCACAUCAGUCUGAUUCACACCUAUUAAAGCUUAUUGUGCGGUGAAAUGAAUGUGAAGUCUGAGCGGAGUCAGUUGUCAUUAUGCAUGUAGAAAGCAGCACGACUCCUUGAAGGGUCUCCUUUGUAGCUAUGAAAUACAGUCAGAGAAGCAUUUUUUUUUCUUUUAUUUUAAUAUU